GCGCCCCCCAUGCGCCAGGCGGCCGGCCGGCGGCGUUGGGGGGCGCCAUGGCCUCGGCGGCGGCGGCGGGCGAAGCGGAGGAAACCACCCGGCUGCGCAAGCCGCGCUUCUCGUUCGAAGAGAACCAAAUCCUGAUCCGGGAGGUGCGCGCCCACUACCCGCAGCUCUACGGCGCGCAGAGCCGUCGGGUGAGCGUGGCCGAGCGGCGGCGCGUGUGGGACGGCAUCGCCGCCAAGAUCAACGGCAUCACCAGCUGGAAGCGCACGGGCCAGGAGGUGCAGAAGCGCUGGAACGACUUCAAGCGACGCACCAAAGAGAAGCUGGCCCGCGUGCCGCACUCCACGCAGGGCACCGGGCUCACUGCCGAGGACGCCUUCUCCGCGGAGGAGGAGACCAUUUUUGCCAUCCUGGGGCCGGCUGUGUCGGGGCCAGGGGCUGGUGCUGGGGCCGAGGAGCCCCCUGCGGCCCCCUCCUCACAGCCGCCCGCUCCCAGCGCCUGCACCCAACGCUAUGUGUUGUCUGAGGACCGCAGGGAGGACCGACGUGCAGAUACACCAGCCCACAGCAAGGGGGGCUCCAGUAGCCCGGAAUCCUGGGCGAGGCCCUCCUGCAAUCCCCAGGAAGGGGGCUGCCCACGGUCCAAGGAGCGUGAGUCCCCGCCCCCUGCAGUCCUGCAGCCGGUCCAGCUGCCCCGCCUGGCCUUGUCUUCACCACCCCCAGCCCCUCCACCUCCACCCCCACCACCUCCACCUCCACCGCUGAUCCAAGUGGCACCCUCGCCCUCCAGCCCUCCAUCCCCUCCUCAGCCUCUGCCCAGGCUCCCAGCCCCAGAACCCUCCCUGGACUUCCUGCGUGCCCAGCAGGAGACUGCCAACGCCAUCCGGGAGCUAGCUGGCACCCUUCGACAGGGACUGGCCAAACUGAGCGAGGCCCUCAGCGCCCUGCUGCCCCUUCUGCCGGGAACCCCAGUUGACCCUCUGCCCCCACCUCUGCCCCCGCCCCCACCUCCACCUCCACCUCCCAGGCCAGUCCUGCCCUCACCUGCUCCCAAGGUGGAGAUCACCCCAGCGCCUGUGUCCGUGGUGGCUACUGUUGUGGAUGGGGCCGUGGUGGCAGCCAGGGGGGUGAUCAUCUCCCCUAGGAGUGAGGAAGGGGCUUCCCGCCCACUUCCAGCCCCACUCCCUCCCCAUGACUCACCCCCACACAAGAGGAGAAAAGCUUUUCCUACACGGAAGAGGCGGGGCCGAUGGAAAUCUCCGUGAAAUCUACUAUCUACUGCUCCUUCUGCCUGCCCCCCCUCAGCUUGGCGCAGUCGAGGGGGGCAACGCUCCUUGCCCGUCCCAGCUGCACCCUGGCACCCUGCUCCAGGGGCGCGAGCACCCCACUCCCUGUGCUAGUUAGUGCCUGAUUCUCUGGGGGGGCCUAGUGGAUGGGCGCCCCCAGCCCCUCUCUCUGGUACAGUGCUGUCUGCCUGGCUGCCUCCCUUAACCCUGACUUCUAAGCCAUCAGUUUUAUGUUAUUUAUUAUUGCCCUGUGUAGGGUGCGGAGGGAACCUCUCGGGUCUGCACACACCCCCUUCCCUAACAAUUCCUGUUCUUGACUUGAAGACAAUUGACCCACGGAGGCCUCCGCAACCCAGACUUUGGAGGGGGUGGGAGUUGCGAGACAAAUCAAAAUUUGGAUGAAGAAGAGGAUUAACGGUCUACACCCUGGAGAGAAUGCGGGUGGAGUUCUUAUUGGGGAAGUGUAGCUUGGGUUCUCUGCCUCCCAAUGCUGUCUCACUUGCAGAGCUCGGCCCCUUCUUUGCUCCCCAGUGGUGACAAGAUAUCAAUAAACUUAUUUUUAAUACAA